AUGGCAUCUAGAAAAAAUGCUUCUAGUAAUAGGCUUGAUGUGGGAUGGCAGCAUGGUAUAGAUGUUGAUAAAAAUUCUAGAAAAGUUUUGUGCAAGUAUUGUCAAAAAAUUAUUAGUGGAGGUAUAUUUCGUUUCAAACAACAUUUGGCUUGCACUCGUAAGGAUGUUGAGCCAUGUCAACAAGUGCCAGAAAAUGUUAAGCAGAUGAUUUUGGGUGUUUUAGUGAAAAAUCUAGAGGCAGCUGAAAAGAAAAGAAAGGCCCUUCAAUAUAGUGGAAAUGAUGAUGAUGAUGAUGAAAUAAAAGAAAUUAGCUCCAAGGACAAAGGAAAGAGAGUAGCUAGUGGGAGUGGAAGUACACAAACAACUCUAAAUCAAUUGCUAAAAAAUGAUAUUAGAGAAGAAACAUGUCGACAAAUUGCUAGGUUUUUCUACACUAGUGCAAUUCCAUUUAAUUGUGUAAAAAACCCUGAGUUUAUUAAGGCACUUGAAAUGGUUGCAAAGCAUGGGCCAGGUUUCAAGCCUCCAUCCUACUAUGAUAUUAGAGAGAAGUAUUUGAAGCAAGAAGUGGAUCAAACAAUGAAAUUGCUUGAGGAGUACAAGCUAGAAUGGAAAAAAACAGGUUGUUCAAUAAUGUCUGAUGGAUGGACAGAUAAAAAAAGACGUUGUAUUUGUAACUUUUUGGUUAAUAGUCCUAAAGGGACAAUUUUUUUGUCAUCGGUGGAUACUUCUAAUAUGUCCAAGACUGCUGAUAAGGUAUUUGAGAUGUUAGAUGCCAUUGUGGAGAGGAUUGGGGAGGAAAAUGUUGUUCAAGUAGUCACCGAUAAUGCUGCAAAUUAUAAGGCAGCGGGACAAUUAUUAAUGGAAAAAAGAAAGAGUUUGUUUUGGACACCAUGUGCUGCCCAUUGUAUUGACUUGAUAUCAUAA